UCCUAAUAUCUCGUUGCAGUGAUUAUUUUAAUCCAAAAGCGUCUAACAGAAGUUAACGUAAACUUGAACGCUCAUAUUUUUGUCAAAAUUAUUCCCAGUUUCCCAGUAUAACUAUAACCAUAAAUACGGGGUUUCCUUCCCAAUCCUAUCCAAAUUCAUCCGAAUGAGAUCAUCCAAAUCUCUUUUUUCAUCCUUAUCCAAAAUCCCCUAUUUAAUACAGUCUUUAUAUAAAAUUUUCCGUUCCUGAAUAACUUUGCAUAUUAUUAUUCAAUUUCUUGAAUUUCACUGUGAAUCACAGCUUGGUGCAAUGGCAGAUUAUUCUUUGCCUCAAGACUCUUACUUUCUUGGGUUUGACAGCUCUACCCAGUCGCUGAAGGCAACUGUGCUAGACUCCAAUCUCAACAUUGUUACGACAGAGCUUAUCCAAUACGACACUGCUUUGCCCCAUUACAACACCAAAGAUGGAGUUUACCGAGACCCCUCGGUUGAUGGGAGAAUAGUUUCACCCACCUUGAUGUGGAUAGAGGCUCUAGAUCUCGUACUUGAUAAACUUUCAAAAUCUAAUUUAAAUUUUGAGAAGAUUGCUGCUGUUUCUGGUAGUGGGCAGCAACAUGGGAGUGUCUACUGGAAGAAUGGGAGUUCUUCAAUAUUAUCAUCUUUGGACCCCAAGAAGCCAUUGGUGCAUCAGUUCAAUGAUGCUUUCUCUGUUAAGGAAUCGCCGGUGUGGAUGGACAGCAGCACCACAGCACAGUGCAAAGAAUUAGAGAAUGCUGUUGGUGGAGCAUUGGAGUUAUCCAAACUGACAGGAUCACGCGCUUAUGAAAGGUUCACAGGACCACAGAUCAAGAAAAUAUUCGAGACACAUCCUGAAGUCUAUAACAAUACUGAGAGGAUCUCCCUUGUUAGUUCUUUCAUGGCAUCUCUUCUAAUCGGGGGAUAUGCAUCUAUUGAUGAAACUGAUGGUGCUGGGAUGAACUUGAUGGAUAUAAAGAAAAGGGCCUGGUCUGAAAUAGUAUUAGAGGCUACUGCCCCUGGCCUGGCAGAAAAACUUGGAAAACUGGCCCCUGCACAUGCUGUCGCUGGUCGUAUUGCCCCCUAUUUUGCGGAGAGAUAUAAGUUCAACAAGAAUUGCUUGGUUAUUCAGUGGUCAGGAGACAACCCUAACAGCCUUGCAGGCUUAACACUAAGUACCCCUGGGGAUCUUGGAUUGAGUCUUGGCACAAGUGACACUGUCUUUGGGAUUACUGAUGAUCCUCAUCCUGGGUUGGAGGGACAUGUUUUCCCUAAUCCUGUUGACAUAAAAGGCUACAUGGUAAUGUUGUGUUACAAGAAUGGGUCUCUAACUCGUGAAGAUAUUCGCAACCGCCAUGCACGUGGUUGUUGGGAAGAUUUCAGUGGGAACCUUACACAUACGCCAGUACUAAAUGAUGGGAAGAUGGGUUUCUACUACAAAGAGCAUGAAAUUCUUCCCCCACUUCCAGUUGGUUACCAUUGGUACGUUCUCGAAAAUUUCACGGGUGAUACUUUGGAGGGUGUGAGUGUACGUGAAGAGCAGCAGGAAUUUGGCCGUUCUGCUGAGUGCCGAGCAGUAAUAGAGGGACAGUUCCUGUCAAUUCGAGGUCAUGCAGAAAGAUUUGGAAUGCCUUCCCCUCCAAAACGAAUAAUAGCUACUGGAGGUGGGUCUGUAAAUCGCCACAUCCUGGGCAUAGCAGCAAAUAUUUUUGGAUGUGAGGUCUACACAGUUGAAAGACCUGAUUCGGCUUCUCUAGGAGCUGCAUUGAGGGCUGCUCACGGUUGGCUAUGCAGCAAAAAGGGUAGUUUUGUGCCCUUCUCCUGCGUGUACGGGGAUAAGAUUCAGAAGACAUCUCUCAAAUGCAGACUAGCGGCGAUUCCAGAGACACAUUUGGUCCCCAAGUAUGGGUUGAUGAUGAAGAAGAGACUUGAAAUAGAGAACCUCCUAGUUCAAAAACUGGGACGAUUCUAAUAGUUCGGUUGGUUUAUGGUGUUUUGGUCUGGAAACUGGGAUUCUUCAGAUUGCAUUGCGUAAAGUACCAAAAGUUAUUUUCUGAUCUUUCAUAAUUUCUAAUUGAUGAUAUUUGAAAUAUAAAUUUCUGAAUUUAUUAAUAGUCUA